AUGGCUACAAAGCCUCAAUUCCAGCUUUUUCCGUCACCGGCAAAAGACAGGAAGAAUCCCUUUCGAAAUAUUCCCAACAGGAGGGACGAAUCAAGGAACAGAUCUCAGUCCCCAGUUUCGCCUGAAACUGAGGCGGAUCUCAAGUCAGAACUGCAGACCGAAUCGGUCAUUAUCAAGAUUAUCGAAGACACAAAGUCGGACGCAAUUCAGCCACGGUCAGAGUCCAGGCAGUCAUCACGGCCAGACAUCACAAUGCAAACACAACUGGACACACGGCAGCUCCAAAGCAGGUCCGUGUCUCCGGGUUUGCCAAUAAAUUCAAUGUUUCCGCAGUACAACCACCACCUACCUCUAGACCGGCAGGCGUACUUUCCCCAAAAUAGAGACUCGGACAACGCACCCCAACGAGAACAGAGUAGCAGCUCUGCAGGCAGAGCUUUCCCUACGACACGCAUCUCACCUGGCGAUGUAGAUGCUGUUUUUGGGCCCAAAACCGUACCAGCCAGCGUACUCAACUUUCCGACGGAAGAUCUGAGUCCUCGGAUAGAGUACUCAACAGCCGAAGAGCUACUGACAUUAUGGGAGUCUGCUAAUGGACAAGAGCUGCAAGAGUCCUUGGGGACAUUCAAUCUCCGCAUGGAAAGAGUUGAAGAUAAUACAUUCACUUUCGGCAACCCUCAGCUACCCUUCUAUACCUUGCGGGCAAGUAUGAAUGGAGUUUCGAUUUUGCGGAAUCAUCCACUCAAGCAAAAUCGCGGAGUUGAAGUUAUGGGGUUGAGCCUGGAAAGCCCAAUCCGUCGCCGGCCACCUCAUGACGGUCUGGUUACUGUCAUAUUUUCGAAACUCGCAGCCAUGCUCGCAGUUGAACAGGCCGCCGAACUGGCCCGGCAGCAUGCUCUUGCUCCAUCAGAAGCCGUAGAAAUUGAGACAAAUGCAGUCAGCCGCGCUGCAGCCCAAGAAUCAUGCCGUCUGAUAUGGAACGCGCCGCAGCGUCGGUACGAGCUACAGCACCCGUCACUGCUUCAGCAGGUAUCUUCACCGUUGCUUGGCCAAGACGGUAUCCCAGUGUCUCUGGUGCAGACGGCGAAACCCGGCAUUCUUCACAUCACAGUGUCUCCUUCAGCCGAGAGCGACAGCCAACAACCCCCUGUUAUCAUGGUCACAAGUCCAAAGUCACCCAACAGUAUCCCAGCGGGCAACUCGGCAGCGACGUCGCGCACAUCAACACUACCACAAGCAGACAUCGACGAACCGCUAGCCUCCUUGGAUCUGGACACAAUGACGCUUUCAAUCUGCGCUGGAUUAACGACUAGCAAAAUUCCAUCACUCUAUGCAAUAGACUCUUUGGUCGCGGCCAUGCUUGCCGUAGCCAUCACAGACGAUUCUACUUACCCUGUGCUUGCGAACGCGGAACUAUACGUUCCCGGUCUGAUUUCAGAGCAACUACAACAAGAACCGCCACAAGCAGGACAGCAACAACCGCGUCAAAAGAAUCGAGGAUUCCGGAAUUCCUUUACCUUAGCUACAGCGAAGAGUACAGCUAAUACUGCCACUACCACAAACACGUUCGCGGGUACAUACUACACUACCUUCGCGGAGCGAGUAGACGCAGAACAAGAAGCCAAGUUGAUGUCCAAGAUCCACGCGAAAGAGGCAAAGAAACACGCCAAGAGGAAAGAUAACGCCAAUAGUCACAAGAACAAGAAUAAGAAGGGAGGAUUCUUCUCGUUCUUAGGCGGUAGCAAGAAGAAUAAGAACAAGACCGAGAGUGACACCGAAGAAUUUGACAUGGAGAAAUAUGGCAAUACCGAGGAAUGGAGCGGGAAGGAUGAUAAUAAGUUGCCGCUGCUGAUCAGAAUGAUUGUCGCUGUGGUGGUGUUUGGAGUGAAGGUGGUUGUGGUUGUUUUGGUGGCUGGAGCCAAGUUUGCGAUUUGGCUGUUGAAUAAAUGCCUGGGCAGUGAUUAA